AUGGCGGAGGGCGGUGAGGGCCUGGCGGCCGUACCCGAACACGAGCGGAUCCUGCAGGAGAUCGAGAGCACAGACACAGCCUGCGUGGGGCCCACCCUUCGGUCUGUAUAUGACGACCAACCAAAUGCACACCAGAAAUUCAUGGAAAAAUUAGAUGCUUGUAUCCGCAAUCAUGAUAAAGAAAUUGAAAAGAUGUGUAAUUUUCAUCAUCAGGGUUUUGUAGAUGCUAUUACAGAACUCCUUAAAGUAAGAACUGAUGCAGAAAAACUCAAGGUCCAAGUUACUGAUACCAACAGCAAGCUUCAAGAUGCUGGAAAAGAGGUGAUAGCUCAAACAGAAGACAUCAUUCGAUGUAGAAUUCAGCAGAGGAAUAUUACAACUGUAGUAGAAAAAUUGCAGUGUUGUCUUCCAGUCUUGGAGAUGUACAGUAAACUAAAAGAACAGAUGAAUGCAAAAAGGUACUACUCUGCUCUAAAAACUAUGGAACAAUUAGAAAACAUAUAUUUUCCUCGCGUUAGUCAAUACCGGUUUUGUCAGAUAAUGAUAGAAAAUCUUCCAAAACUCAGGGAGGAAAUAAAAGAAAUCUCCAUGUCUGAUCUCAAAGACUUUUUAGAGAGCAUUCGAAAACAUUCCAAUAAAAUAGGUGAAACAGCAAUGAAACAGGCUCAGCAACAGAAAAUCUUUAAUGUUGCUCUGCAGAAGCAAAAUAAUACAAAUAUGGGCAGAAACAUGUAUGUAACUAAUGGCAGAAUUCCAGAAGAAAGAAAUGAAGUAACAUCAACGUAUGCAUUUGAGGAAGAAGAUGAGAAUGAGGAGGAGGUGUUAACUGUGCAGGAUCUUGUUGAUUUUUCACCUGUUUAUAGGUGUUUGCAUAUUUAUUCUGUUUUGGGUGAUGAAGAAACAUUUGAAAAUUAUUAUCGAAAACAGAGAAAGAAACAGGCAAGACUGGUAUUGCAGCCCCAGCCAAGUAUGCAUGAAACAGUUGAUGGUUAUAGAAGAUAUUUCACUCAAAUUGUAGGGUUCUUUGUGGUGGAGGAUCACAUUUUGCAUGUGACUCAAGGAUUAGUAACCAGGGCAUAUACUGAUGAACUUUGGAAUAUGGCACUUUCAAAGAUAAUUGCUGUUCUUAGAGCUCAUUCAUCUUAUUGCACAGAUCCUGAUCUUGUUUUGGAACUGAAGAAUCUCAUUGUUGUAUUCGCAGAUACUUUGCAGGGUUAUGGUUUUCCAGUCAAUCGACUAUUUGACCUGUUAUUCGAAAUAAGGGAUCAAUACAGUGAAACACUGCUGAAGAAGUGGGCUGGAGUGUUUCGGGAAAUUUUUGAAGAAGAUAAUUGUAGUCCCAUUCCAGUAGCAAAUGAAGAAGAAUACAAAAUAAUCAUUAGUAAGUUUCCUUUUCAAGAUCCAGACCUUGAAAAGCAUUCUUUCCCAAAGAAAUUCCCAAUGUCUCAGUCAGUGCCUCAUAUUUAUAUUCAAGUUAAAGAAUUUAUUUAUGCAAGCCUUAAAUUUUCAGAGUCACUUCACCGGAGUUCAACAGAAAUUGAUGACAUGCUUAGAAAAUCGACAAAUCUGCUGCUGACAAGAACUUUGAGUAGCUGUUUACAGAACCUUAUUAAAAAGCCUCACAUAGGUCUGACAGAGCUAGUGCAAAUCAUCAUAAACACAACACACCUGGAACAAGCCUGUAAAUACCUUGAAGACUUUAUAACUAACAUAACAAAUAUUUCUCAAGAAACAGUUCAUACUACAAGACUUUAUGGACUUUCUACUUUUAAGGAUGCCAGACAUUCAGCCGAAGGUGAAAUAUAUACUAAGCUCAAUCAAAAAAUUGAUGAAUUUAUUCAGCUUGCUGACUAUGACUGGACAAUGUCUGAGCCAGAUGGAAGAGCCAGUGGAUAUUUAAUGGAUCUUAUUAAUUUCUUACGAAGCACCUUUCAAGUGUUUACUCAUUUGCCUGGAAAAGUUGCCCAGACAGCUUGUAUGUCAGCCUGCCAGCAUCUGUCAACAUCCUUAAUGCAGAUGUUGUUGGACAAUGAGUUAAAACAGAUAAGCAUGGGAGCUGUUCAGCAAUUUAACUUAGAUGUCAUACAGUGUGAAUUGUUUGCUAGCUCUGAGCCUGUGCCAGGAUUCCAAGGGGAUACCCUGCAGUUAGCGUUCAUUGACCUCAGACAACUUCUUGACCUCUUUAUGGUUUGGGACUGGUCUACUUACCUAGCUGACUAUGGACAACCAGCUUCUAAAUACCUUCGAGUAAAUCCAAAUACAGCCCUUACUCUUUUGGAGAAAGUCCAUAGAGGGAUGAAGGAUACCAACAAAAAAAACAAUAUAUUUGCUCAGUUCAGGAAGAAUGAUCGAGACAAGCAGAAGCUAAUAGAGACAGUUGUGAGGCAGCUUCGAAGUUUAGUCAAUGGUAUGUCACAGCAUACAUAAAAGUUAUAGCACUUUUCUCCAUUGGUGCCAAUUAGCCAAUAUUUCUACUUAACAAGCACUGGUCAUGUUUUGGACAUUUUGUUUUGCUGAUUACAGAUGCACUGUAGAAAAAGGAUAUUGAUGAAGGCUUACACAAGAAGACUGUAAUAACUGUCAUUUGUAUGUAUUUUUAAAUAAUUGAAUACUAUUUUAUAUAUGGUAAA